CUUCUAUAACUCACUAUAGUCCUUCGUUUUGUUGCUUCUCUCCUCUCUACCGCUUUAUCGGCCCAACCGUAACUAUGGCACGCCGAAAACAGAUCACCCCCUUGCAAAGAAUAAAUUCCGGCGAAAUCAUGCAAACACCGUCAGACGAGCCCGAGAAGCCUGCGGUCUACAGCAAUGGGCACAUUUCGACGGCACUAUCGCCCUCAAGACGCUCCAGAUCGCGAUCCCACUCCUCUCAUCCUCCCACCUCGGGCGUCCUGACACUUCUCGUCUGCGUUGGUGGUAUCUACGCGUCGUUCUUGACAUGGGGCCUCCUACAAGAGCGCAUAACCACCACUCCCUACCCGGUUGAUGACUCGGCGCAGGCGCCGCAGGAAUACUUUCGCUUCCCAAUCGUCCUUAACACCAUCCAGUCCUUCUUCGCGUUCACAAGCGGCAGCCUCUACCUCCUAUAUAAGACAAGGUCAUUUAAGAUCCUCCCUCGAAGAGCCGCUCUGGCACCGCUCGUCCUCGUCACUUUGACCACGACCCUCGCUUCACCGUUCGGCUAUGCCUCGCUCGCUCACGUCGACUACCUCACCUUCGUCCUUGCCAAGUCUUGCAAACUGCUUCCGGUCAUGGCAUUACAUGUCACCUUGUUCCGGAAACGGUAUCCUCUGUCCAAAUACCUGAUCGUCUUAGCCGUAACGAGCGGCGUUGCGAUAUUCACCUUGUACCAUCCGCCUAAGCCAGGCAAAGCAAGGAAGACUCAAUCCUCGAGCAUAUACGGCUUGACAUUGUUGGGUAUAAAUCUGCUACUGGACGGCCUGACAAACACUGUGCAAGACUUUAUCUUCACAUCUCCGCAUCGAUAUGGCAAAACCUCCGGGCCGCAGAUGAUGGUAAUACUGAACCUGCUGGGAACAUUGUUGAUGGGCACAUACCUUCUGGUCACACCAUACGUUCCAGAGCCGCUUAUUCCGGCCUUUGUCAAGACGGAUACUCAAGAACUAGCCACGGCACUGUCUUUCCUUAGCAGGCAUCCAAAAGUCGUUUACGACGUCUUGGGCUUCGCGGCAUGCGGAGCUAUUGGCCAGUUGUUCAUCUAUGCGACAUUGGAGCGCUUUUCCAGUUUAUUGCUCGUCACGGUGACAGUGACGAGGAAGAUGCUGACCAUGGUCCUUAGCGUCGUCUGGUUCGGUAAGAGUCUCAGCCAGGGACAGUGGAUGGGUGUUGGACUCGUGUUCGGAGGCAUUGCAGCUGAAGCCUAUAUCUCGCAUCGUGAGAAGAAAGGAAAGGAGAAAACGAGGAAGAAACAGAAAUAAUGGAUUUGGGUCUAGUAGAAAGUUCUGGAUCGUCGGAUCUGAUGCAUACAUUUUGUAUCUUGCAUUUCUCUCCAAUACUAUGCCUAAUGGAAGCUGUGCCACGGAUAUCAUGCCUUUCGACUGCCUACAACAUAAUCGUGGUCUGAUGCUAGAAUACUUGACCGUAUACUUGUAAUGCCAGCCAAGCGGUAGUAAGAUAUAGG